GCCUCAUUUUCCGAUUUGCAGCAAUCGGCCAAGCACCUUAUCCGUCGUCGCAGAUCAAGGUCCUUACUCGCCAUGAAGCUUGUGUGGGCAUUGGGUGUUGCGCUUCUAGCGUUCGUCUCGACGCUGUCGCCGGUUCAAGCGCAGUGUGGGGCGCGUGUCCGUAAGGACUGGGACUCCAUGACGACUGCAGAGAAGGACACGUACAAGGGAGCUCUCGCUGCUGCGAUGGAUUCGGGCGCUUACAUCAAGUUCGUCGAGAUGCACACAGAGAUGCAGUCCGAGAUGGAAGCUCAUCGUCAGUGCAUGUUCAUCUACUGGCACCGUUUGCUGCUUGUUGUCUUCGAGAACAUGCUUCGUGGACAAGGAUCGCAGUACGCUUGUGUGACCGUGCCGUACUACAACUGGGUGGGCGCUAGCAACCGCAUGCUUGCGGGUACCUGUUCUUCUCUUGGCGACUGCUCCACUAUCACGAGAGAACUUGGAGGCUACACGACCGGAUCACAACGCACGAUCAAUAUCAACGGGAUCAACAAUUCGGGUCGCUGUGUGGCGCAGUCACCACUUGAUCACUUCUGCCAGUCCGGAACAGUCUCCGGUUCAGCUUGCGCUCGUUGUGUGCCUCGAGGUAACUGGGGAUCUGCCAGUGUCCCGUCAAGUACCAGCUUCGCAUCGGUCCGUCAGCAAAUUUUCAACGCUCAAAACAUCGGUCAAAUGUCCCCGAACGUCGAGCAAGGCUGCCACAACAGCGUACACGCCAAUCUCGGUGGUGCAAUGGGGACCUUUGCUUCUCCGUCCGAGCCGCUCUUCUGGUCGCAUCACGCUAUGGUCGAUGCUCUCCAUACCAUCUUCCACAAAUGCCGUGUCGGAACACAGCGCCUGACGUUUGCGCAGAAAGCUGCUCACCCUGUUGCCUGGACUUCAUGCGCCAAGCGAGACGGCGGUACAUUCAGCCCGACCGAUGUCAUCGUCAUGCGUACGGGCGUCAAUGGUAACAACCCGAUUCAAGGCAGCCAGGAUCCGCUCAUCGGCCAGUACUUCACAGGCGUUCCCAACCAGUUCGCUGGUCUGAUGGACGUGCGCGACUUGGGCGAUAGCAGCUACUCGUACGAACUGAGCGGUCAGCUUGCCGACAUGUACAACAACUGCGAUGGUACGUCCACUCCAUCUCCAACGACUGCUCCGUCCCCUGUGGCCCCCACCGCUGCACCAAGCCCGGUUACUGCGGCGCCUGUGCCAGUCAAUAACGCACCAGUCACUCCGACAGCGGCACCUCAACAACCUGGCCGCUGGGGUUUGUUCGACUGGCUACGCAACCGCUGGGGCUUUGGACGAUUCGGACGCAGACUUGAAGCUCAGCAUGGAUAUGGCUGUGGUGGACGCAAACUUAAAGCCGAGCACGGGUGGGGCUGGUGGCCAUGGAGGAACAACCAGGGCAAUAACAUCCGUGGCAACGACUGUGAUGAGAACACGGCUACUAACAACUACACCCCGACGAACAACUACGCCUCUGCAACUACAGCUCCGACUGUCGCCCCUACGACAACCCCGCCAACGUCUACGCAUUAUGAUGGCAACAACAACAAUCAGGACGUCGUUACGGUGAAUAAGGAGACUGCCGAAGAGAAGAAAGUGUCAGACUGGUACAAGAAAACAAUGGCUAACAUGGGAGGCCAAUGUCCCGAAGCCAUGGCUGAUCUCGAGCGGCAAGUGUGCAUGUUUGAGAACCAGUGUCUGGGUGGUACGAAAGAUUAUUCAGCCGAGUUCAAGGCUACGUGGGGAGCGAAAGAACCGCGUUGUCUUACUAUCGUAAACUCUAUCAAGAGCGGCCAGCAGAAGAUCACGUACGGGAACUGGCGUAAGGACAUGGAAUCCUACUUCGGCUGCCCAAAGCCGGCAAACGCCACUCAAUCAACGAAACAGAACACUUACAGUGACACGACCCAGUCUAUCAUUCAAGAUGCUACUCAGUCGGUCGCGCAGACCGCCACGAACACACUUUCAAGUGUAGUGCAGUCCGUUUAACUUCACGAGAGACCAAGCUAUAGCUUGGUACGAACUCGUAGUUCAAUGUCAUGAGUCCAAUGUGUUUUUUACGAGUGUAUUGUUCCCAUCCUGCAAAAUCUUUGAUACCUUCCAAACAUAAAUUGAGGUGUAUCAGCU